AUGGCAUAUUUUUCUGAUCUUAGCAAACAAUGUGAAAUGACUGGUUGCAGAAAUCAUGAUUUUCUUCCCUUCGAAUGUGAAUAUUGUAAUUUAAAUUUUUGUGAAUUACAUAGAAAUAUUCAAGAUCAUCUUUGCCCCAAAUCAAAAGGUUUUGAUUCGAAAGUUGUAUUAUGUGAAUAUUGUAACUUGGUUAUACCUGAUAAAAAAGAAGAAAUAAAAGAACAUUUAAUUUAUAAAUGCUCAUAUAAAAAAAAUAAAAAGUUUAUAUUGGUAUGUAAUAAGAAAGAAUGCAAAACAGUUUUAAAUGGAAUUAACAAUUACAAAUGUAAAAAUUGUAAAAAGAAUUUUUGUUUGCCUCAUCGAUACCCAGAUGUUCACAACUGUAUACAAGAACCAAAAGAAAAAAGCUUUUUUCAGAAAUAUUUUUUUUUUUUUUAG